AUGUUCUCCCUGCAAAUUUUCCCUGUAUCACAUUCUGCCAAGUCUCUCCGGUCAACUCUCCGGUUAAAGACGUCAUUCUAUUCCCGCGAACACUCCAGAGACACUUUCCUAUUUUCGCAUAUCCACGUCAAAUUACAACCAUGUCGUCUGCUACAUCUUUCUUCGACUUUGAGCCUGUCGAUAGGCGCGCCCUUCCCCCUUUCCUCGCUGAACGGCAAAGUCGUGCUAGUCGUGAACACAGCAUCAAAAUGCGGCUUCACGCCCCAGUUUGAAGGCCUGGAGAAACUCUACCAGGAGCUGAAGGCCCAGUACCCCGAAGACUUCACCAUCAUCGGAUUUCCAUGCAACCAGUUCGGCAGCCAGGACCCUGGCACUGACGAUGAGAUCCAGUCUUUCUGCCAGCUCAACUACGGCGUCACGUUCCCCGUGCUCGGGAAACUGGAUGUGAACGGCGCUAACGCUGCACCUGUGUGGACUUUCCUGAAGGAACAGCAGCCUGGGAUCAUGGGCAUGAAGCGCGUCAAGUGGAAUUUUGAGAAGUUCCUCGUCUCCGCCGAUGGCAAGGCUGUUAACCGCUGGGCUUCUCUUACCAAGCCCGAGGGACUUAAGGAUACCAUUGUUAAGGAGAUCGAGAAGGCGAAAAAGGAGGGCACUCUUGCUUCGCUGAAGAAGAGUGAGGCUGGUGCGGAGCAGGCUAAACUGUCGUAG